UUCAUACGAAACAUUUUUUUGGUCACUGCGGCGUUAAGCAACUCUUAUCACAAAGAUCAGGAACGCUGCCUGUGAUAUAUUUAGCUCUCGCUCUAGUAGCGACCUUACACAAACCUGUCUUUCUGUGUGACUGGUCAAGAAAGAUGCGUGUGUUUCUCGUCCUGGUUUUAACCUCGGUGUUGGCUGACGCCCAAACGCAGAUGUCCCACAGUAUUCAUGGGUCGAGCCUGAUGCACGUCUUUAUGAUGCAGAGCCACCACGCAGCCUUUGAGCUCCUGGACACCAACGGUGACAACUCUGUCACUCUCGCAGAGUUCGAGAAUUACUACGAUCAGUAUGAUCUCCACGGCGAUGGCCUUAUCACCGAAGCCGAAUUCAUCCAGACAACCGGCAUGAACGCGAUGAUGGCCCGCAAUGAAUUCAAUUAUAUUGACGAAGAUAAGAAUGGUGUCAUCACUAGGGCAGACAUCUCAGACAUCUACAAAACAUUCGACGUCAACCAUGAUAACGCAGUUACCGAAAAGGAGUUUGUCGACCGUUACGGAAAGAUAAUGAGCAUUGCUCAUCAAGGCAUGAACAUAGGAUGAAGAAGCAGAUUCUAAUGUAUACUAAGUAAUGUACUGCGUAAUUUUGGAUUAAACAUGUUCUUUGUUCACUGUCGAAA